CAAACAUAACGCGCCACGGAAAGCAUGCAGCAAGGGGGACCCCCCCGCGCCCCGCCUCGGGGGCAGCCUCCUCCGGGGGCCGGGGGCACCCGAGGCCACAGAGUCCCCGCCUUCCAACAUAAGACCUGGGGCUUAAUCCUAAUGAAAGACUGCGAGCAAGACCUCGACCCCGAAGCCAAGGGAGGCUCCCCUACAACCUCGACCGUGUUUUCGGUCUGGAACCCGGACUGUGCCUCACGGCAGUCCCCCAAUCUCCAUUUCCAAGGCCUUUGUCCUCCCCACAGCUCCUCUCCGGAUCGAGUCCCCUACUUCCACGGACAGCACAGCCGCCGCCACAGCCCGUUUCGAAGCCCCUCCCUAAAGCGAGCCUCCCCCCACCAUGAACACAAUAGCUGUUCCCCCGUCCCGCCUCGUAGCCCCUCCCCAAAGCGAGCCUCCCCACGCCACGAACACCGAAGCCGCUCCCCCGCCCCGCCCCGCAGCCCCCUCCCGAAGCGAGUCUCCCCCCCCCUCUCCCGAAACAAGUCUCCCACCAAGGUGAACAACGGAGCCCCCGCCCCACCCCGCCCCAUAGCCCUCUCCCGAAACGAAUCUCCCUCUACAUUGAACAACGAAGCCCCUCCCCGUCCCUCCCUGGCCCUCCCAAAGCAGGCCUCCCACGCCACGAACACCGAAGCCGCUCCCCCGCCCCGCCCCGCAGCCCCCUCCCAAUGCGAAUCUCCCCACUGUGAACAACGGAGCCCCUCCCCCGCCCGGCCCCGUAGCCCUCUCCCGAAGAGAGUCUCCUACUACUGCGAACAGCGAAGCCCCUCCCCCGUCCCGCCCCAUACCCCCUCCCCGGAGCAAGCCCAUCAUCACCCUGAAUACCCCAGACGUUCCCCAGUCUCGCCCCGCAGCCCCUCCCCGAAGCGAGCCUCUCCCCACCGAGGACGCCGCAGCCCCUCCCCCGGGCGAUCCCUCUCGCCUUGUGGCCACGCCCCCCAGAAAUCUACUCUGUCUCCGGAAGGCCCCGCCCCCGUCUGCCACCAGGCCUCCGAGAAAGCCUACCCCGCCUGCCCGGGCUCUGAGAACUUGCAGGCUUUGGAGCUGCUUCCGGGACAGAGGGCGGAAAAGAUGGCGGCGCCCAUGGAGCUGUACUGCUGGGCUGGGGGCUGGGGCUUGCCGUCUGUGGACCUGGACAGCCUCGUGGUGCUGACCUAUGCCAGAUUCACUGGGGCCCCUCUGAAGGUGCACAAGAUCAGUAACCCCUGGAGGAGUCCCUCAGGAACUUUGCCUGCUCUUCGGACAAGUGAGGGUGGAGUUAUCUCUCAACCACACAAGAUCAUCACCCAUCUAAGGAAACAGAAGUACAAUGCAGACUAUGACCUUUCAGCCCGGCAGGGGGCAGAUACCUUGGCCUUCAUGUCACUGCUCGAAGAGAAGCUGCUGCCUGUGUUGAUCCACACUUUCUGGGUCGAUGCCAAGAACUACGUGGAGCUGACUCGAAAGUGGUACGCCGAAGCCAUGCCCUUCCCCCUCAACCUGUUCUUGCCAGGCCGAAUGCAGAAGAAACACAUAGAGCGGCUCCAGCUCUUAUGUGGGGAACAGAGGCCUGAGGAUGAAGAGGAAGUAGAGAAAGAGCUGUAUCGAGAGGCCCGGGAGUGCCUGACCCUGCUCUCUCAGCGCUUGGGCUCCCAGAAGUUCUUCUUUGGAGACUCGCCUGCCUCCCUGGAUGCCUUUGUCUUCAGCUAUGUGGCCCUGCUGCUUCAGCCUAAGCUACCUAAUGGGAAACUACAAACCCAUGUUCGAGGGCUGAACAACUUGUGUGCUUAUUGCACCCACAUCCUCAGUCUCUACUUCCCUUGGGAUGGAGCUGAAGCAGCACCUUCACGCCCAGCACCUUCAACUUCAGAGUCCGAUGAAGAACCGUACCGGCGAAGGGGGCAAAUUCUGUCUGUGUUGGCUGGCUUGGCAGCCAUGGUGGGCUAUGCCCUGCUCAGUGGCAUUGUCUCUAUACAGCGGGCAAGCCCUAGUAGACCGUCAGGAACCCGGGCCUUGGGUAUUGCUGAGGAAGAGGAAGAUGAAUGACAUCCUGAUGUUGUUCCCUGAACUGACUUUUCUACUGCUGUGCAUUCCAAAUGACCACUGUCUGCCCCCAUGUUGGGGACUUCAAGAGAUGGAGUGGCCAUUUCCACCCCUUGGAAUAAAUCUGCUCACAGUG